UCUAGUACCUCUUCUUUGAACGCCUUUACCACUGAAAUGAGGACACCUCACUAAUACAGACAACUAUUCUAACGGGACACCUCUGAAAUGAGGAUCUCUCUAGUACCUCUUCUUGAACGCCUUUAACCACUGAAAUAAGGACACCUCACUAAUACAGACAACUAUUCUAACGGGACACCUCUGAAAUGAGGAUCUCUCUAGUACCUCUUCUUGAACGCCUUUAACCACUGAAAUGAGGACACCUCACUAAUACAGACACAUACGUAAGCAGGCCAUUGAGCAACAAAGUUGCCGCGUGUACGGCCUGCUCUAGUUCUGUCCCACUGGUGCCUGUAUUAGAGGGGUCCCCAAGUGAGUGAGUGAGAUGAGAGGGAGGGGUUUCCCCCUGCAGCCCGGGGGUGGGGUUCCCAGGGCUACCGGCUGAGGUGAGACAUCAGACACUGAGGUCCCAUGUGGCAGAGAUGGCUGCUCAGGGUAAUGACGAUGUCACCAUCUCCAAGAUCACUGAGGAGCUCCUGAAACUAUCGGUGGAGGAGCAGGCAAGUUUGGUGGCCAGACCUGAUGUCCUGAGGCACAGAGUCAGGGAGGUGGAGAGCAUCCUACGCAGACCUGGACCUACAGCGGCACUCCUGAAUGCCACCACUGUACCCAAUCCAAUCCUGGGCCAAGGGGUGGUCCCUCCCGUGACCCCCAUGACCCCUGCCCUCUACCCUAUGGCUGUCGUGGCACACAAAUAUGCCCCUGACCUGCCUCCGUUCCUGACCUCCAUCAUCGACGGACUCACCAACUACAUGAAAUGGUGCGACAUGCACCUCCAGAACCCUCAGAACAAUCGUCCGGGACUGAAGGAAAACCUGUCGCGCCAGAGAGCCAACCUUGGAAGACAGAGUGAACUGGUCAACCAACAAAUCACCAUGUACAGGGAGCUCCUGCAGAUUGUACGCAGUACUACUAGUGUGGGAGUUGAGAACCCGGGGAUCAGGGCACCACAUGUCCUGUCAGCCACCCAGCCACCAUUCAUACCUGGCAGACCACCUCCUGUCUUUGCUCAGCCUCCUAUACACCCCGCUAUACAUCAACAACAGUUGGCACAACAACAACAACAACAACAACAGCUAGCCCAACAACAACAACAGCGACAGGUGUACCAGGGAGCCUCUGGCCCCGGGGGCCAGGUCAGGCCUGGGUUGGUGGACCCUGGAAGACACACCCACUUCACCUCUCCUGCUGCCUCCGCCUCUGCCUUUGCCUACGGGAGUGAGUUCAUCCCACUGCUGACCUUUUGUAUGAUGGUGCCGUAAAGGACUCUCUGAGUAAAGGACACUUGGUUCUCCCAUACUAAUACAAUGUUCAGAUGAGGGAAGCCUCUGAAUUGAGGACAGUUUAGAAGUCCUGCAGUUCAUUUUUUCGUGCAUAUUUAGAGUCAUGUAAGUGUUACAGUGUGUGCGUUUUUCCGCCGUUACUAUUAUUCAGAUGACUAGGGGGCUCCCUUCGCUUGCCUAUAAUACAACCUUCACAUUAGUGGUGGCUCUGUAUUUCCCAUAUUCACUGUAUGACAUCGCCGUCUGUUGUUUCAGUGACUUCCUACUUCCCAAAGGCUGAGCCAGGCAAGGAGCAGCCGGUGACAGUCCAGACCAAUCUGCCUCCCAGUCAAUCAAAGAGGUUGUCCCCACUGGAGGCGGCAAUUAACGAUGUCAGCUCUCGCUCUAGCCCCGUGCCCCGCCCUCCUGAGGCCGGCAAUGACUUGUACCUCUCGGACGAUGAGUUCAACUCUUAGCCUUAGCCUCCUUCACUUCUCCAUGUCACAAUAUUGUGUAUAAAAAAAUUAUUAUUUGUCCAAAGGUUCUGAGCGUUUCAGUUGUUGUACACGUACUAAAUCAACCCUUCCGACACCACGGGUAUCUCUUAUAAUGUAUGCAGAAACUCAUCUCUGUGUUAGCACCUAUUAUUAGAACCCCUAAAACUCAUUAUGGAGGCUAG